AUGAAGAUUCUUUGUGUUUUCCUGACCUUUGUCUUGAUUGUAUCUUGUGGUCCAUCAGCUUCACAGAGGAAAACAGGAGAAAAAACAAGAGAAAACCCGAAAGAGCUUUCAGAGAGAAAAACAGAAUGUUACCUUGUUCGUGGUGCUUGCAAGCCUUCGUGCAACUCCUGGGAAUACAUAUAUAAUUACUGCGAUAAUAAGCCCUGCUGUGUUGUAAGGGAAUAUAUAAAACCAAGUUAA